UCACGCGCAGCCGCAGCAGCGCCAACGGGGACAGCGGAUGCCACGGGAUGCCAGCCUCUGCCGGCAGCGCUGCUGACGGGGCGAGCGGCGGCGCGCCCAGCUGCGCGCGCAUCGUGCCGGCGCUGGUGGCAGCGGCCGCGCUGCUCGGCUGCGCCCUGGCGGACGCGGACCUCGACGUGGUGGCGUCGUUCGAGGAAGGCCGCUCCAUGGUCGGCACGGUCCACAACCUGGCCGUGUUCAAGCCCCGUGCCAAGCACUGCAUCAAGAACGUCAUCAACUAUCGGGACGCCCCGCCGGACAGGAGAGGGCGCUUCCACAUACUGUUGGGCCGUAUGGUGGAGUACGUCGACCAGAUGACGGAGCGCAACUACAACGCCAAGAUCAGGCUGCUGGCCAGGAGCGGUAGCAUGCUCCACAAGAAAUUCAGCGAUGAUGCACCAAUGGUUUAA